GCGCUGGGAGCGGCGCUCGGCGGCGCCUCAGGUGCGGCGCUUGGGUGCCCUGCGGCUCGGCGACGCCUCAGGGGGACUGAAGAUGGCAGCUGGGAUGACUCUCCAAGAGCUGGUGAAUCAGGCAGCUGGCCUGCACUCUGACAGGAAGGCAGUUUGGUUUGAUGAAUGCAGUGGCAAGCCUCCAGCAUGCUACACCUAUGCAGCAGUGGUGCAGCUCGCUGUGGAAUUGACAGCCUGCCUCCAGAAGCACUGUCAGCAGCAAGGGAAAUGUGAAAUUGGCCUUUACUGCUACCCAGGAAUAAACUUACCUUCUUGGAUCCUAGGAAUCCUUCAAGUGCCAGCUGCCUAUUCUCCUAUUGACCCAGAUGCACCCCCAGUGUUAUCCACUUACUUCAUGAGGAAGAGCAAUCUGCAGUAUGUCCUUGUUGAGAAUGACAAAGUCAAUAAGUUCCAGAUGUCCCACGCUGGUUGGUUUUGCCACGGUUCCUCCCCAGCAGAACAUAUUGGUUUAACUCUCUUCCAGAGAAGCUCGAGCAGCACUGAUGUAAAUCCACAAGCAGACAAGGUGAAAAGGAAAUAUGAACCUUUCAGAGCUGUGGGUGACUUGCAGCCAACCAACAUCACUCACCCAGCUCAAACUGAAGGAAAAACAUCAUCAGGAGGAUACAUGGAUGUUGGCCAGAAGUGCUCCCUAGCAUACGUCUUGCAUACAUCAGGAACUACAGGGACCCCCAAGAUAGUCAGAGUGCCUCAUGAGUGUAUAGUGCCAAAUAUCCAGCAUCUUCAGUCCCUGUUUGAAGUCACACCAGAGGAUGUGCUGUUCCUGGCUUCUCCUCUGACAUUUGACCCCUCUGUGGUUGAGCUGUUCAUUGCCCUGGCGAGUGGAGCCUCCAUCCUCAUAGUACCAAACACCAUUAAGAUGAUGCCUGUGAAGCUCUCUGCUGCUCUGUUUCACCACCACCAUGUGACAGUGUUGCAGGCAACACCAACACUUCUCAGGAGAUUUGGAGCUCACACUAUUAAAUCAACAGUGCUGUCUGCAGAUACUUCGCUUCGUAUCUUAGCCCUUGGAGGUGAAGCAUUUCCUGUGCUGAGUCUCUGGAGAAGCUGGAAGCACAAGGAGAACAGAACAAGCAUUUUUAAUCUGUAUGGUAUUACUGAGGUGUCAAGCUGGGCCACUUGCUACAAGAUUCCUGAGGAGGUUUUUAGUGCUGAUUUUAGAACUGAUUUCCCUGUACCUUUGGGGUCACCACUCCUUGGAACAAAAGUUGAGGUCAGAGAUGCCAGCGGUUCUGCAGUUCUGGAAGGCGAGGGACAGGUGUUUAUAGGUGGUGAAGAGAGAAUCUGCUUUCUUGAUGAUGAAACAAGCUUACCUCUAGGCACAAUGAGAGAAACAGGGGAUUUUGUGAGAGUGCACAGUGGAGAGUUGUUCUUCUUGGGUCGGAAAGACAACCAGAUCAAACGGCAUGGCAAGCGCUUCAACAUCGAGGCGCUGCAGCAGGCUGCUGAAGAUCUUCAUCAGGUAGAAGCUUGUGCAGUGAUCUGGCAUCAGCAGGAAAAGCUUAUCCUGUUUGUUGUACCCAGAGAUGAUUUAGAAGAGAGAGAAAUGCUUCAAGAACUCCAGAAACGUGUCCCAGCUUAUGCAGUCCCUGAUCAGCUUGUACUGAUUGAAGCUCUGCCAUUAACCCUACAUGGCAAAGUUGACGUCUCUGAGCUGAGCAGGAUUUACCAGGAGCGUGGAGGCUGCCGCAGGCGUGACAGUAAGCUGCGCGGCGCAGAGGACUUGUGGGCAAGCCUGCAGUAUUUAUGGAAGGCUGUGCUGGGUGUCCUGGGUGAUGACACAGGGAUCCCAAGAGAUGCACUAUUCCUGGGCAGUGGUGGAGACUCCUUGAAGGCUCUGAGGCUUCACGAUGAACUUGAGCUGCUGGCAGGGAAAGCUGUGCCAGGACUCCUUGAAGCUAUUCUCAGCUGCUCCAUUGAGGGGGUCUAUAGACAUAUCCUUCAAAUCCUGUUUCCAGAUGAAGGGAAAUUAAUGAACUGUGACAGUGGUGUGAAAAGAAAACCAAGUGGGAAGAGUGGAGAGGAGCUGCAUGGCAAACACAUCAGGCUGAAAGCUGAGAGAGGCCUGGAGGCUGCUGCAGAGUUCGUUCCACUGAUCGCGAUAAGCAGAGGAAAUCAUUUUCUUUCUCUGAAUGCCAUCAAGUCCUUUCUGCAGCCCAGGAGUGCAGCAGAGGUAGGAGUGGAGCUGCCACAGCAGCCAGCCUCUCUGCACGCAGCGACUGCAGGUGUCUUGCGAAGCCACACGCAAGGCUGUGGGACAGAGAAGCGGAUUUUGGCAGCUGUGAAGCAGGCAAACGAAGCCAGCUCCUGCUCGGCACAGCGAAGCCAUGCGGCAGCAGGAGUGCAUCUGUGCCUUAGGUGGAAGUCCAACACAGGGAAAUGCGUUGAUGCAUCACCUCUGGUCGUAGUCCCAGCUGCAGAGGCCACACCUGCACUUGUGUUUGUGGGCUCCCACUCCCACACAGUGCAGGCCAUCGAUCUGGAGUCAGGGGAAGUAAUCUGGGAGAGGCCCCUUGGAGAUCGGAUUGAGUCUUCUGCCUGCAUGUCCAAGUGUGGGCAUUUCCUUGUGGUUGGUUGUUAUGAUGGCUUAGUUUACGUGCUUCAGAGCAGUGAUGGAGAAGUCCACUGGACCUUUGUCACAGGAGAUACUGUGAAGAGCUCUGCAGUUGUAGACCCUGGCAGCGGAGUAGCCUACAUAGGCUCCCAUGACCAACAUCUCUAUGCCUUGGAUAUUUAUCAGAAGGAGUGUGUGUGGAAGGUGCACUGCAACGGUGGAGCUGUGUUUUCAUCUCCUUGCCUGAGUUCUUUCCCACAUCACCUUUAUGUUGCCACUCUGGGAGGACUGUUACUGGCUGUAAACCCAGUGACUGGGAACACGAUCUGGAAGAGCUCCCUGGGAAAACCCCUCUUCUCCUCCCCUCACUGCAACGAGCACUGUGUUUGCGUUGGGAGUGUGGAUGGCAACCUCUAUUGUUACACUCACACUGGAGAAAAGGCUUGGCACUUUGCCACCAAUGGACCUGUGUUCUCCUCUCCAUGCAUCUCAAGUUUAACUGAGCAAGAGGUAUUUGUCGGCUCCCACGACUGCUUUGUCUACUGCUGCAGCAUGGAGGGUCAGCUGCUGUGGAAAUUCAAGGCUACUUCCAGUGUGUAUGGAGCACCAUUUGUUUUCCAAAGUGAUGGCUGCAAGGACAGGAUUCUUUUGGCAGCUGUAUCUACAGAUGGCAGAGUGUGGAUCCUGAAUGCCAAGACUGGCACAGCAGAAGGAGCAGAGAAGCUUCCAGGAGAGGUUUUCUCUUCCCCCGUAGUAUGGGGCACAAAGCUGGUUGUUGGCUGUAGAAAUGAUUAUGUUUAUUGCCUAGAUUUGUGUGUAACAGGGAAAAAGACCAGCUGAGACCCUGGGCUGCUUCCUUGUGAGGGUUUACAUUGGGAAAUUAAGAACUCUCCCAGGUGCUCUCUGCCUAUUUUCCCUGUAGGCAAGAACUGUUCUUUGCAGAUCUCUGGGGUAGCAUUUUGCACCAGGCAGUGGCCAGGGUAGGUAGAGAGGUUAUUUGGUGCCUUGCUGGCCUGAUAGAGGGGAGAUGGCUACUUAGCACGCAGCUAGAAGUGUCACUGUCCCUCCCUCAUUCCCCAGCUCCAGUUGCCCAAAGGACAUGGUUCAGAUGGUUUGGAGCUGAGCAGUAUGAACAUGCAAGUGAGUAGCCUGACCUCAGUCACUUGCACUGUGCUAAGGUGCCCUGCUCCGAGUGUGAACACAUUGGCCCCUCUGAGGGAGGAAGGUCCAGCCUAGCCUGGGCCCUGAGGUUCCUCUGUAGCCUGUGCCUAGCUCUUGCAGGCUGGUGAGGCUUCUGUGCCAUGGCAGGGUACCCCAGCUCCUUUCCUGACCCAGACUCUUCACUUGCUUUCUGAGGACAGAGCCUGCAUUGCACAUCCCUGGUCUUAGUGACCUGCUUGCUCAGGAUGUACGACCUCAGCAGCUCAUCCAUAGUGACCUUAGGCCUGCCGUGGUGUCAGCUCAGUCAAGCAUGGCCUUGGAAGUCAGGAGUCAGCUGUGCUGAACUGGGGAACAGACCUAGAGCUGGAUGAUUACUGCAUGCCCAUGACAGGCAGUCUGGGAGGUGUGCACUGCUCAAAUCACUGGCAGCAGGGACCUGACUGAGUGCUCCCUGCAGUGUCUUUACAGAGAGCUGCUAAUUAAGGGCUGUGUGAAUUGCCUUUGGAGUCUCUGACAGGACUUACAGUGGACCUGGCAAGGUGACUCGAGUCUGUGCAGUGACAAAAGUGCACUUACUGAGAGCAGCUUCCUGCUUAGGAGCCUACUGAAAGAACCACAGUAGAAGGUAAGAUCUGAGUCUCUACUUUGAAAUGUAACAGAGUAGAAGCUGCCCUGGGCUGUGGUGCUUCACAGCUGCUUCCUCCACUUUAUCCUUAGCAGCCACUUGUGGCACUGUAAGAAGUCGUUCAUAAAGCAAAAGGAGACAGAAGAAGAAGACACCCAGCAGUGCUUAGGUAGACUUGCCUGGGUUAUAGUUUACUAAGAAUCCAAAUGACAUCAGUAUAAUAAACAAUUGCACUUUGAAACAGUUGAAAAAUUAAAAAAGUACACAACAAAUACCCCACAAUUAUACCUCUGCUCCACUGUGUCCAGUGCUGCCUCAACAGAGAGCUUCAGCAGCUCUAACCUGGGCAGGAGGAAUGGUGGUUUGGGUGUGGAAGUUACAAAAAGUGGAGACAGUGCUAUACUACAGAGUGGUUUGUCCAGUUCUGACACCAGCUUUGCUGUUCCCAGCUCACUGCUGAGGGCUUGGGGUUAUUUUUACACAUGCCCAACACUUCCUUAGACAGGGCUGCCACAAAGCCACACCUGAGUGCUGUGUAGGGCAGACUGGUGUUAACUGACCGUGCAGUGUCGCUGCUGGACGCAUCCACGUCAGAACCAGCACCCAGGGUGACACCAGAUGCCUUUAUGGGUGAGGAAAGCCUCUGCUUUGAAGCUUCAGCUGAAGCCCAUCUUCAGCAGAGGCUCUGUUUUGAGUGCUGUAAAUGGGUUGGACUGGGAAGCUGCAUCCUUGCCUCACCCACAACUGCACCUCCUCUUGCUGUGCUUUGCAGGGUGCCAACAUCUUAACUCUUGCUCCUCAUUUACUUCAUCUUCUCUGUAUUUCUGCCUGGCUCCUUCUCUUGAGAAAGACUCGUGAAGGUAGAUUUGAGGCAGUUGAGUUCCUGUGAUUACAAGUGUAGAGACGCUGAAGAAGUGCAGAUUUAGCUAAGCUGCACCAAGUCAUGGUGCUGGCAGAGCAAAAAUCCUCCUGGCCAGUUCUUCAGGUGAGCUUGCAGAGAUCUGACUUGCAAGGCUUUGGUCUUUUUUUCCUCAGAGGUCUGAAAGCAGCAGUGACCUCUCUCUGUAUAGAACCUUUUUAAUACUUACAGCAGGGGUUACAGAGGAAACUGACCAAACCCCAUGGCUUAGAGAGACCCAAGGGAAGCCCUCUUGCUGCUGCACAUCUGCUGAGGGCAGUGUGGCCAUUGUGCUUUUGCUGUUGUCACCAUGGGACUGAGCUUUUGGAUGGGAGUGUCUUCAGGCAUGACUUCUGCUGCCAAGCCCUUUGUGAGCCUUGGGAGGGGAGGACAGGGCAGGCUUCCUUCUGUUUCCUGCAUCAGGUAAAGUGCUGCUACUCAGGCUGCAUCCAGCAGUUUGGCUACCAUACUCCCAUGAACCAAGUGUGGUGAGACAGUUACUGUAAUGAAGCAACUUCUGAUGGAAAUGUCUCCCUGGACGAUGCUGUAAGCCCAGAUGAACCUUUGUGGUCAUAAAAAGGAGCCACUUAGAGUGGUUAGAGGCUUCCUUGUAGAACAAACUCGGGUGUGUAUUUACUAGGGUGACUUCUCAAAGUGUAGCCCCAGCUCUUCCUGUGGGACAGUGAGGACAGCAACAUUUUUAUUACACCAUGGACUUUGUCCUCUUUUGUAAGAGGCAGCGUGUGACCAUUUCUGUUUUAGUGACAAGCAUAAUAAAGUGUUGGAUUGCCACAGCAGAUAACCUGAGAUGGGCUGAGUAAGCUCCUUCCUGGAGCUGCACAUGGAGUAAAACCAGGCAGAAGGCAGAAUUAAACACUCCUGAGACUGACUGGCUUCAUUUUCUGUUCUCAGUUAAGUUCUGCAAAUCUUCCUCCUCUAGGAACUGAGACAAAUUCUGCAGUUACAGGAGCACAGGAGCAGUUUGCUCACUCUAGUUCCAGUCAACUGAUUGCAGGUUGUAGCCUACAGUGGCUGCCUCUGUGCAUCUUAAACAUGGCCAAACUCUCAAACAGGGAUGCACCAAUGCCCACAGUGACCACUGACUCCCUGGCUUCUUUCAGACACUGAGUUUUUGCCUCAAUCAUUUCUUUUCUUUAAAGGUAGGAUAAAAUGUUCUCUUCCUAGGAGUGAGGGACUGCAGGCAUGGUGCAUUCAGCCUGUGAUGAAGGACAUGAGCUCAGCCUUUGGCUGGUAGCAGCCUUCUGCUUAGCCUUUGCAGCUGAAUGGCAUGGCCUUGGUGAGGAAGCUUUCGGAGAGCAGGACUGACAGCCCCUACAGUUUAACACUUAAAAUGAAAGAAGAGAAGGCAACAUGCAUCUUGCCUUCAUUUUCAACAAGGGAGCGCUGACAAAGUCCCUGGGCAGAGAGCUGCAGUUCCAGAACCGAACACUCACAGAACGCAAGGAGCUCCUGAGCUGAAGGUGUGGUCUUUAGGGUGAUGCUGAAGCUGCCAGGCAGUGUCUGAGCACUCUCAGCUUGUCGAGGGAGUCUGGCUGUAGAAUCUUUGCCAUGCCCCCUCAUCAGCUAUUGGUCCAAGCAAAUGACGCUAUGAGUGGAGUAGACUUUAUGGUGAGCUAGAGCAAAAGGGGGACCAGUUCAGUUUGCAGUUCUUUCAAUACAUGCAUUUGCACCUUUUCCCUGUGUAAAAAGCUGAAUAAAUAAAAGGAAGCAAUUGAUGGGCUGCA